AUGAGUUCACCAAGUCCGCUGAUUCCACCUCCACCAGCUGCUUACGUGUCGAGCAAGCAUGCCGGUAGAGCUAACGAUGAAGAAAGCGGGAGUCACACCGUCAGCGAUCGAAUUCAUAGUCAACCCUCACCGUCGCAUAAUAUCCUCAGUGCGGACGCGAGCUCCAUCAUGUCCUUGUCAUCCCGCCCUUCGAUCUCUCUCCGCCAUCAAGCCGUCUCACUAGAUGUAUUAGGACACAAGAUUGUCACCCAGCUCUCAGGGCUCCAGCGCCAGCACUUAGGGAACAUAACAGACCAGGUUGGCGACGAGCUUCCAUUUUUCGAAAUUCGUCCAGACACCGUAGGUGCACCAGGCCCCAUCGAACCCCGACGACCUCCUACAGGACCCUCUGGCUAUCCACCAAGGACAACCGAGGCACCAAAGGAUCCUCCUGUAACAUUUUCUUCUUCAGCAACCGAAAACCCUAUCACUUGCGAGAAAAGAGCCGGUAGGCGUAUCGUCAGGAGGAAGGCCAGUCCGCCAGAUCCAGUUGUCCAACGAAGGGAAGAGAUAUGCGACGUACUAGAACCGCUGUUCUCCAGUGCCCCGUUCGUCUUGGUCUGCGAGGGCAAAGAACAGGAUGCUGUCAUCUCCACCAUCAAACUAGGAGAUACAUUAAAUUCGAUCAGCUUAUGGGAUAAAUUGUCUGGAGUCGCGCGGCAGGUAACUCGGCGGUGGAAACGAUUGCUUGGCCCUGUGAGGCUUGAGCUGGUAAAUCUGAGAAUCGUAGGCCGGCAUAGUUCCAGGUCGGAUGCAUUCCGGGGACAGUUCCAGAUCGUCAGCAUUGCUGAAAGAAUUGAGGCUCUCCAAAAGUUGAUCAGCAACGACAAAUAUGACAUGACCGAACCAUCGAAUCCCGACGACAGCGAGUUUUGCUGCUACCAUAACCUGAGAAUGGAUACAGUCCAUCAUGGCAGCGAGAUUCACGAGGCAUGGGGAGAAGACCUCACAUCAUCCAAACUCAGCAGUUGCUGCGUUGAAAUCCAUGUGGAUAGGUUGAAAGAGCUUUCAAAGCUCAAGCUGGCUUCAGUCUGGGACAUGCUCCUGGUCUAUCCAAAGCUAGCCGUGGGGAACGAUGUGCUUUACGAUAGAUGGAUUUAUUCUUCAAAAGACAUCAUACCACCUGUUGAAACUGCCGUGAUUCGUGCAGUGGCAGACAUUGAGUUUGUCGGCUUCCGAAUCGUGGAAUGGCCCUAUACCAGCUUUGGCACGCCAUCUGUGAUACUUCUAGUCGGGAGCACUGUGGUUUUUGGUCUCCUUGUUAUCGUUUCCCAAGCCGUGUAUCGAGACUGGGGUGUUGCUUAUACAGCGGGUGCCUUUUAUGUAGCUUUGGCUGGGGUAUUGACAACCUGGAUUGCUUGGACAUCGACUGCCUAG